AUGUCGAAUCCAUGGCCGUUUCAAGAUCGUCGUGGUAUGUUCCAAGCGGGCAAGAUGGUGCACGAACCUAGCAGUCCACCAGCACGUCGUUCUUCAGGCAGUGGAGGCGUCACCGAAGCCAUAAGAAGAGGCUCAACGAGCAGCAACAGCGGCCUUGAUAAGACUACCAGCAAUACCAGCACGAACAGUGCAUCGUCUCCACCACCAACGACUCAAGGCCAACGCAGGAAGUCCUCGACCUCUGGCGGCCUCUUCGGUAACCUCACAAAUAUGAAAAGGGGAGCUGACAAUCGAGGAGAAGACUAUCACGAGCGUAGGGAGAGCCAUGGUGACAGCCAAGCUGGUGGUGCUUUCAGCGGCUGGUACAACAAGACAUUCAGAGGUGUCCAGCAACCGCAGUCAGCGUCCACGAGUGAUGCACCAGAGAAGCGAGGGGUGAUGGAAUGA